AUGGGUACAGGAAAGAAGGAGGCCGCUCGUAAAGAGCGGCAAGGAAAGGUCAGCGAUGGCAUGAACAAUGUUAAGACCAAAGGUGAAAAUUUCUACCGUGAUGCCAAGAAGAUCAAGACUUUGAACAUGUUCAAGGAUGGCAAGGCUCGUCGUAAUGCCCAGGGUGAGAUCACAGUGUCGGCCAGUUAUCAAUCCAGAGACCUGCCCACAGCCCGCAUCGAGCCAAACCGUAAAUGGUUUGCCAAUUCUCGUGUCAUCUCUCAAGAAGCUCUGACCUCGUUCCGUGAUGCUGUUGCGGAGCGUGCUUCCGAUCCAUACCAAGUUCUUCUCAAGACCAACAAGCUUCCCAUGAGCUUGAUUCGGGACAAUGACACUGUCAACGGCCUGAAGCAGCAUCAGGCUAAGAUGGCUAUUGAGACGGCUCCUUUCAAUGACACAUUCGGCCCCAAGGCCCAGCGCAAGCGUGUCAAGCUUGGUGUGUCUUCCCUAGAAGACCUUGCUGGCGAGAGCGCUCGCCUGCAGGACACCUACAGUGAGAAGAACGAUGAGGGAUUCCACGCAGAUGGAAGUGCCAUCGUUCGUGGUGAUGACACUGCCGCGGUCGAAGACCUGGGCCUGCUCACCACCUCUCGUGAAUCUGUCUUCUCCAAGGGACAGAGUAAGCGUAUCUGGAACGAGCUGUACAAGGUCAUCGAUUCUUCCGAUGUCAUCAUUCAUGUCUUGGAUUCUCGUGAUCCCAACGGUACUCGUUGCCGAAGUGUUGAAAAAUACGUUCGCGAGGAGGCACCGCACAAGCACUUGAUUUUCGUUCUGAACAAGUGUGAUCUUGUUCCGACUAGUGUUGCUGCCGCUUGGGUUCGUCAUCUUUCCAAGGACUACCCUACUCUUGCAUUCCACGCCAACAUCAACAACUCUUUCGGUAAGGGUUCAUUGAUUGCGCUGCUCCGUCAGUUCUCUUCCCUUCACUCCGACCGGAAGCAGGUCUCUGUUGGUUUCAUUGGAUACCCCAACACGGGCAAGUCCUCUAUCAUCAACACCCUGCGCAAGAAGAAGGUGUGCACAGUCGCCCCUAUUCCGGGUGAGACCAAGGUGUGGCAAUACAUCACCUUGAUGAAGAGAAUUUACCUCAUCGAUUGCCCCGGUGUCGUCCCUCCCAACGCAAAUGAUACAGAGGAGGAUAUUCUCCUCCGUGGUGUUUGUCGUGUGGAGAACGUUCACAACCCUGAGCAGUACAUCCCUGCUGUCCUUCGCCGUGUCCAGCCCCGUCAUCUCGAGCGUACCUACGGCAUCAAGUACCAGGAGGACUACUUGGACUGGCUUGCGCUUCUUGCCCGCCAGGGUGGUCGUCUUCUCAAGGGAGGCGAGGCUGAUCUGGACGGUGUUGCCAAGAUGGUCAUCAACGAUUUCCUUCGUGGAAAGAUCCCUUGGUACACUCCUCCCCCCAAGGGCAAGGGUAAGGAUGGCAAAGAAGAAGAAGAUGAGGACGCCGGUGUUGAGGGCCGUGAAGGCCGCCUCGGUGAGAUGGGCCGUAAGCGCAAGCUUGAUGAAAAUAAUGAGCCUACCGAGAAGGAGGCCGAGGCUGAAUCAUCGGACUCCAAUCCCGCUGAGAAUGAGCAUGAUGAGGACGGUGGCCACGAAAGUGACAACGACUCCAUCGCCAACAUUGAAGUCAGUGAUGUGGAGAGCGGCGAGGAAGAUUGA